GUGCUGUAUGCGGGGAUAACGAAGAAUACACCGCGGGCCGGAGAAUGUCAUAGAGGACGGGGAGGCCGAGGCGGAAGUGACCGUGUGCACCUGAUGUCCUCCGAGCUGCUCACAACUACCGACACUCAGCAGCUCUAGUUUUACAAUGUCCCGUGUUCCACUUGGAAAAGUUUUGCUUAGAAAUGUUAUUCGACACACAGAUGCACAUAACAAGAUCCAAGAAGAAACUGAAAUGUGGAAGAUUCGGGAACUGGAGAAGCAAACGGAAACUAGUGGGACAAAGCGGAGACGCGUGUCCCCAGAUCUUAACAGAUGGGAUCACAAUGGCUAUAAGGAGCUGUAUCCAGAAGAGUUUAAUGAUAACAGGAGCCGGAUGAGAUCUGAUGGCUUUGAUGCCGAAGGAAGCAAAGAAAGUGCCAAAAAGGCGGCAGCAGCAGCAGAAAUCACUCUAAAACAGAAUGCACUGAGCGUACGGGCCUUGAACAAAAAGUACUAUGAGUGUGAGUCUAGCAUUCCUGACAGGUGGGGUCAUAGCGGCUAUAAGGAACUAUAUCCUGAUGAAUUUGACACUGACAGUGAUGUAGAAGAAAGGAGAGGCAAAAGAACAACCAAUGGAGAAGGUAACUCUAGAUGCAAAGAUCAGAAGGUGCAGGAAUCCCAUAAACGCAAACGGUCAAAGAAAACUCACAAGAAAAAGCAGAAGAAGCGUUCACAUAAAAAGCUGAAGAAGAGGAAAAAGGAGCACGAGGAUAGCACAGAAUCCUCAAGUGACAGUGAUAGCUCAGACCAUGUAGAAAAGAAACCAAAGAAGUCCAAGCGGAAGAAGAAAACUCGAAAAAAGACCUCAAAAAAGAAGCCAUCAUCAUCUGGCCAAGACAGUGACACCUCGAGCAAUGAGAUGAGCAGCACUGAAGAUCAUGAGACGAAGGAACGUAAGGAACGAUGGACUGAAAAAUCCAGCAGGAAAUCUCACCGAAGAUCAAAAUCUAAAAAAGACUCUGAAACAGAAGCCAGGAAAAGCAGGAGGACCAACUGGAAAGUGGCCAAAGAUGAGAGUUCAGAAAGUUCUGAUGAUGACUAGUGAAGCCACUCCACCUCAGACUGGUUUACCAUAUUACAAACAAGAUAGAUAAGCAAAUGCUAAUUCUUCAAACAUUUCCGAUGUGCAAUAUGACUUUGUUUUUUGUUUUUUUUUAAAGAAAAGAUACAAACAAUGAUGACUUUUUUAGCCAUAUCAAGUGUUGGUAAUUCAAAUAUUUGGAUUGGAGGAGACGUAUAAUGGCAUCGAGUUUGGUAGCAACUUUACAAGCGUUACCUUCCUAAGAAUGUUUUUGUAGAAUAAGAGUUAUUGUGCUGUGGAAUAGAGAAGUCAAAGGUCAAGUAGAAGCUUGGCCGUGAAAGUUUACCCUAUUACAAAUCCAAUAAUGGAUUAAAAAAAAAAGCCACCUCAUUGUGUAACAUAGUAGGUUUGUACAGAAGAAGAGUAAUACAAUGAAUAGAGAUAAUAAGAUUGUGUUUUAUACCAGAGCUGUCUAGUGGUCAUAUAGGGCAGUACUUCUCAAAUGCAUGACAGUGAACCCUCAACCUACAAUGGCCUCAACAUACAAUAGUUUCAACAUACAAUGGUCUUUUCUGUAAGUUGAAACCAGACUCAAUAUACAAUGCUACGGACCGUCCAGAUCUGUGCAACGUGUCAGUGGCAUCAGAAUGGGCAAUUUACUGGUAAAACACAUGUAUUACUGAAGUGCAUGCACUGACUGAUGUCUGGUAGCGCCCCCUACAGUACAGGGAGGUAUUAAAUCUUCUGUACACUUUACCUGUACCAGGGUUAGCUGCUCCUUUGGACACCAGGUGAGGGCAACUCCAUGUUACUUUUUUAGGACAUUGCAUGUACUGUACAGGACCCCAAAGAAGCUCCUGUCCUCUACAUAGACCAGUGUUUCCCAAGCAGGGUGCCCCCAGC